AUCAUGAAUAAAUGGAAUAAUAAUGGUGAAAGUGUUUUUUACACAGAUGUUGAUCAUUUAGCUAAUCAGGCAGGAAGUCUAUAUAUGUGGGCACCAGUGCCAACAGGAUGUGGAUCGUUCAGUCAUGGUGACUCGUCUCUACCUAGGUGUGAUGCUUGUGGCCGUCUUUGCGGCCACCGUCACUAAUGCAGAUGUCAAAGUGGUCUGUGAGAAGGACUCUGUGAGGAUCACGUGGAGGAUCAGCGCCGAGCUGGUGCCGAACGCGUCUCGUCUCUUCCUGGGAAGCUGCAUGCCAUCUCAGCUGAAGGUUCUGCCCACUGGAGAGGGGGACGCACACUUCAACUACCAGUUGGGUGACUGCAAGUUUAAAAAGCAGAUGAAAGGAAAACACCUCAGCUAUCAAAAUAAACUGACCUACAGGCCGCAUGCCAGGGACAAACCUGCAGCCUUUGUGUUUCCCAUCGAGUGCGUUUAUAAAAGACCCGAGUCGUGGAUCCCCGCGUUCCUGAACCCUGGAUCAGGUGUGUCUGAGGGUCGAGGCGGCCUGGUCGUCCACAUGGCACUGCUCAAUGAGCAAUUGACGGGUGUCGCCAAGACAAACGUCGUCCCCCUGGGCUCUUUCAUGCCCAUAUGGGCGGCAGUGGAGCAGAAGUCCCAUCAGCCUUUGCUGCUGCUCAUGGAGGAAUGUGUGGCAGCCACGACGCCAGAGCUGCACCCUGGCAGCCAGGUUCACCCCAUCAUCACCAACAAGGGGUGUCUUUAUGAAAGCAUGAGGGCAAAUUCUAUGUUCCUUCCUCGAUACCACUCGUCUGCCAUCCUCCUCUACCUGCAGUCCUUCAGGUUUGGUCUCGGAGAGGAGGUGUACAUCCACUGUAAACUGGUCGUAUGGGACCCUGAGGCCCUCGAUGAGAGCAAGAAGGCCUGCCAAUAUGUCAAAGACACUGGGAGUUGGGAAAUGCUCGAUGACCCGUUACAGAGCUCACUCUGCAGCUGCUGCGAUUCCACCUGCAAGUCCCGUUCCAAAAGAGAAGAAUCCCACGGGCAGAGUCGCAAUACUGUGCUGGGACCCCUGAUCAUCGUGGAGCACAACAUUGUAUCGGACACUGCAGCAGACUCUCAGGUGAUGGUCCAAUCUGAGCUGAUGGAGACUCUGUGAUCCUGCACAACACAGGGGCCAAUCGCAGAUUACCUCAAUCUACUUCUUUCUACACAAGAUGUGGUUACUCGCCGGUUAAUUGCUAUUACCUACAGCAGUAUUCUCCAAAACCUUAAGAUCCAUCUUCUGAUUGUCCAAUAAACUGGUCCUGUUAUGA